AGUAGCAAAGCUCAACUAAUGCAAACUUCACACAGACUUGGUACUUGAUCAAUACUCACCGAAGUUAAAUGUCACAAACUGCGAAAGGCAAGUCACGUAGAUUAAGUCUAUAUGUGUUUGUUAAAAUCAAAUGUAAACCAGACUAGCACUUAUCAUCAGUAAAUUAGUCAGCGGUUCAUUUUGAGUUUAAGAUUCAUUACGAGUUUUAAUUUCAUCAGCAGAAAAUGUCACAAAAGACCAAAAAUACUGCAAAAAAUGCAAAAACAAUGAAAAACUUUCAAAAAUUUUUGAAACUUAAGUCUACCAAAACGCAAAAUGAAGACGUCCCGUCCAAAAACUCUUGGAGCCCUGUUGCAAUAUUAGUAAUAUUAAUUCCACUUUUGGUAUAUUUCUCUCUGCGACUUUUUAUCAAUUAUGCUCCUUAUUUCGUCGAGAAAGAAAUAUUCGCAUCCACAUGUGAACUAGCUGACAUGUAUAACUAUUCAUGUUCCGAGCACAAAAUUACCACACAAGAUGGUUAUAUCUUAUCCAUGCAACGAAUCGGCAAAGUCAACUCUACCAAUUUUUCAUCUGAAAGCAACAGUUCUGAUACAAAAGUUGCGCUUUUAAUGCAUUGUCUCGAAUGCGAUUCGUCUGUUUUCUUGUCUAACACAGCCGAAAACUCUCUUGGAUUUCUUCUAGCCGAAAACAAUAUAGACGUUUGGCUCGCUAAUGUAAGAGGCACAAGCUAUUCGUUACAACAUGUCAAUUAUACAAUAUACGAUUCUGAGUUCUGGAAUUUCUCCUUAUUCGAAAUGGCAAAAUAUGAUCUAACCGCUAGUGUUGACUACCUUUUGACAGUUGCUAAAACAGACCAAAUCUUCUAUAUCGGCCAGUCACAAGGAACAAUUAUCGCAUUUUCCCAAAUGGCCGAAAAUUUCGACUUUCAGGCAAAAAUCAAAAAAGCAUACAUGCUAACGCCUUUCGUAACACUUCAAAACAUUCAAAGCCCUAUAAAGAGUAUGCUUGCAUUUAUUCAUAAUUACAUCCACUGGCCAAAAAACUCAGUUUUUCUUCCCGAUUUGAUCAGACAGCUUAUUAACAAAGCCUCCGCAACGUAUUGUUCAAAUGACAUUUUUGGAUUAUGUCUCGGAACGUACCAUCAAUUCAGCGGACUUACCACUCCUGAAAAUAUGGACCCAAAACGAAUUCCAAUAUUUUUUACCCACGCGCUUUCCGGAACCAGUUUGAAAACAAUUCGUCAUUACGCUCAGUUACAUCUGUUCAAACAGCCGACAGUUCAUUUCGACUACCAAGAAGAAAAAUUAAAUUUCGAAAAAUACGGAUCGAAAACUCCUCCCAAAAUAGCAUUGGAAAAAGUGAGCAUUCCGAUUGCACUUUUUGCUGGUCAAAAUGACUGGCUUGUUUCAAGUCUGGACGUGCAAUAUUUAUUGGACAGAUUGCCAAAUGUUUUUCAUUUCUCAAACAGUAGUGAUUUUUCGCAUCUCGAUUUUAUUUUCGGCACUAGAGCUAAAGAGUUGGUUUAUGACUUUAUUACGGAAGAUAUUUCGAAAGUUUGAAAUAUAACUAAAUUUAUUCAGACUCACAGUUUAAUUAUGAUUUAUAUUUCUCUAUAACUUCUUUUCAGUUUCCAUGUCAUUUACUAUGAAUUAAAUUUCUGCCCAUUUAAUCAAUUUGUUUUGAGAUAUCAGUUGACAAAAUCACGAAAAAGCAGUAUCAUAUUUUAAAACAAAUACAACCCAAACAAGGAUAGCCGGUUGCUGUUCAAGUUGCACAA